AUGUCAAAACCGCCAAAUCCAGCUUUAAAAGCAAUGGGUUUAUCUUGGAUUAAACUACCUUCACGGAACUGGAUCAUAUUUGGUACAGUGUUUGGUGGAUUGGUUUCAGGUGUCCUGUAUGAUAAAGAUAUUCAAAAGAAAAUCAGAUUAAAGUAUAUUAAUGAGGUUAAGAGCAACUCGAACACCAAGAUCAGCACCGUCGAGGUUCCAAGAAAAAUCACUGUUUUCAUUGCUCCUCCUCCAAGUGACUAUUUGGACGUCUCCAUGAAAAUAUGGAGACGUUACGUUAAACCUAUUUUGUAUUACUCUGGAUACGAAUAUGAACUGAUUGAAGAGAAUAGGCAAGGUCUUAUAAGAACGGAAGUUGCUAAUAGAAUAAGAGCUGUGAGAAGAGAACUGAAACAACAAUUGGAAGAUAAAAACACUAAAAGUGAACUGCGAAUUGAGACUGCUAAGAAUGGUAAUGGUGAAUCUGAAGAUGACAAUGGGAAAGAAUUCAAAAGGAACUUUGAUUACAGAGAUAUCAUGGGCAUAUUUUACAAAAGUGAGAAACCAAAAGAAAUCAUCAGUGAGGAUUCGCAAACAUUAUUGCCAGAGUUAGCAGGUGGCGUUAUUUGCAUAGGAAGGGGGUCAUAUAAAGAGUACAUCAAUGGUAUUCACGAAGGUAUGUUAGGACCGUUAGAGGCACUUUCUGAACCAACCAUUGCAGAGAUUAAUAAUGAACCUGCUAGUGAACCACAAGGUAACACUUCAAUUGAUAAUGACUCUACCAAUGUUGAUAUUAAUAUUGCAACGAGUUCAACAGAACUUAACCCUACUUUGAAUAAAGUAAGUGACACAGAUAAAGAUAGUGAGAAUGAGGAUGAUGAGGAUGAUGAUGAGAAAAGAGAAACACGGAAACUGAAGCCAUAUUUAACUUCUGAUCAAUAUUCUACAGUUGAUAUUCCAUUAGAAAUAUCACAAGCAUUAUUAAAGGGUAAUGACAUCAUCAGAGAUCCUCAAAAUAAAAUACCUAUCAUGUUACACCAACCAGUGCUAGUGAUCCCUGUUCCAAACCUUAUUGGGUUUUUGGCUAUUCCUGAAAGAAUUUAUAGAUUUUAUACUAAGAGAAAAUACGUUGAGGAAGUAUGCUCAGAGGUUGCUAGUUUAGUAAAUCAAAAGAAUAUAAGACCAUAUGAAUCGUCAGCGGAUUUAUCACUAGCAGCACAGGAAGAAUCCGAUUGGCCUUCAAAAUGGGUAAAACAGGGUCUUGAAAGAAAAAGUGAAUGGACACAAGAGCUAAAAGAUGACCCAAGAGUGACAAAAUACAUGCAUAUAUGUGCAAGCCCUCCUCAAGAACAAGACAAAUGA